AAGCCAGUGCGCUGACGGCGCCGCCAUUACUCGCCUUCUGUGGCAGACGAGUGUCGAGUGCCAGUGGAGUACUGUCAGUGUGCAGUAGUCUUUGUGCCAGGUGGGUUAGACCCAGGAGGAAGCUGUGAUUUUCACUAUGGAAUCGUGUCAGACAUUUUUGGAACACCAUGCGAGGAUCGGAACGUGAUAUUCUUGGAAUUAUAUUCGAAAUUUCUGUGGAUCAAUUUAUUUAAUUCCUUCAUUGAACUGUGUUCAGUGAGGGAGAAGUCAUUGCCUGUCGGUGUUCUACCAGGAUUUUAUGAUUUUGCCCAACUGGAGUAGAGUACAAGCAUUUCUGUUUUCGGAUUUCUUAAAGCUAUCAUCAUGGAAGCCAACGCAGAAAAGGACUGCAGUGUGUUAGGAAAUCUUUUUCAAACGAUUGUCAGCGAUUUAAGGUCCAGCUCACCGAUAUGGGAGGAUUUCACCUAUAAAGCUACCAAACUGCAUCAGUCACUCAAAACUACUUUGGUUGCCAUUGGAGCCUUUUUAGAAGCAUUUCAGAAAGUUGCAGAUAUGGCUACCAACUCAAAAGGUGCUACACGGGAGAUUGGCUCCGCCCUUACACGACUGUGCAUGCGGCACAGGAAUAUAGAGGCCAGCUUGAAAGCUCUCACAAGUUCUAUACUGGACAGUCUGGUGGCUCCUCUUCAGGAAAAACUUGAGGACUGGAAGAAGGUUGUUGCCCAACUUGAUAAAGACCAUGCCAAAGAGUACAAAAAAGCCAGGCAAGAAAUAAAGAAAGCUGCCUCUGACACAAUGCGCCUUCAGAAGAAAGUCAAGAAAGGUGUCCCACAUGGUGCUUGGUCUUCAGGUAAAAAUGAAAUGCAGCUGAAACUGGAUGUUGCAAUGCAGGAUGUCAAUGCUAAAUAUCUGCAGCUGGAAGAGGCAGAGAAAAACUCUGUACGCACAGCACUUAUAGAAGAAAGAGGGCGCUUCUGUCUGUUCAUAAGCUGCAUCAAACCAUUUGUGGACCAUGAGGUGCAACUGCUGACGGAGGUGACCCACUUGCAAGAAAUAAUGCACUGUCUGUGCAUGCAGGCCAGUGAGCCCCAAUCACUUCCGCCCUCUAGUGAGCAGGUCAUCUUAGACCUUAAGGGCAUGGAUCCUGCUGCAUGGAACAUUCAGCAGCCAUCGCCACCAAGCUCACCAAGUUCCUUGGGUUCACGCAAAUCCUCUAUGUGCAGCAUCAACAGUAUCAAUAGUUCAUCAAGUGGCUCUUCAAAGUCCCACUCCCCUAGCCACACCAUGCACAAGAGGACAGCUUCGCAGCCUCCUAUGGGAACUGAACGCCUGACCAGCGUUUCGUCCCAAGACUCGGGCUUCACAUCCCAGGAUAUGCUGUUUUUGCGGCCAACAACCCCCCAGUCCCUAAGUUUGUACCAGGCCUCCAACUCUGACCGUGACAGCACAGGAACAGAUACUGGAGAUUGUGAUUCAACUCCUACCACACCCUCUGGCAAUAUGGUCACCACACCAACCGCUUCUGUCAGUAGUGCCAGCAGCCAGCCAGUUAUUGCACCCAUUGUUUUGAAGCAAGAGCGUGUGCGACCUCAUACGAUAUCAGUCAGCUCUGAGAAGACUCACACCUCUCGCCCUGCCCUCAAGCCGGAGCUGUUUGAGCCCCUGCCAGAGAAGGCUGAUCAGGGAGAGGUGGACAUGCGGGAUCAGAGCCAAGCUCAUGCUGGUGGAAAGAUACGUCCCCACAGCACUGCAUCCUCAGGUCCCUAUGCUAGGCCAGCUGCUACAAUAAACAAGAUGCAGCCGGUGCUGCCUCCACAUUGCCCUCGACCUAAAAUCAAGGCAGUUCCACCACCAUCUUUGCCACCAGGUGCCCAACCUGUUUAUGCCAACACCAUGGAUUUGCAACGCAUGGUUGUUGAAAACCAAGCUCGACAGCUACAAAGGUGGCCGUCUGAUGAGCCAGAUGGAGAUACUGUGGCACCAACUACUCCACCUGUGCAACAGAGUGCAAAGCCUGCUUCUUCUGCCCCUACUGACACUGACUUGGACUUGAGUACCAUGGACUUAGAAGCAGCUAUUCGCAGUCUUGAUAGCUGCACUGCUGCCCUCAUUAAUGAGGUGGUUGAGGAAGAUAAAGAGAAGGAGACGAGAGCCAGUGAGGAAGAUAAGGAGGAGAAGAAUGAGGAGGAAGGUGUAGAAACACAGCGAGCAUCUAGGUCUCACAAGAUGCAGCAAAACAGCUUGGAACUUGCAGCUGCAAUCCGAGAGCUAGAAGAAAGUACUGCUGCUUUACAGUCUACCUAUGAUGCGUCCAACCACACCUCACACUCUUCACUACAGUGCUCCAGUGGCUAUGCUACUAUGAACAGUACACCCUCAAGCUCAGAGGAUACCAUUGCAUCUGGAGACUUUGAGUUUCCUUCCCUUGCCUAUGAAGCUGAGAAAUAUUUCACAAUCCCUCGUAGUGGGGAGAUGAGUGCAGCCUACCGUGCAGCUUUGUACCCAAAACGUCCUGCAUCUACUGCAGGUGUUCCUGCAUCUGGUGCAAACAUAAUGCGCCGCAGUUCCAUGAAUGCCGCAAAGCCUCCGCCUCCUGUGCGAAGAACUGCAUCAAUCAGUAGCACUUCCUCUGCUGUUCUCAAAGGGAACACAUCCCCUCCAACGCAGAUGUCUGAAAGCACCAGCUCAACCAGUGUUAACGAUGGUCAAGCAGAAGGCGCAUAUGCUGAGCUGCAGUUCAUUCAACAGAAUAUACAGAGUCAAAGAGGACUUCAGAAAAUGCAACCUCCACAACAGCCUCAACAACCCCCACCACCCAGGCCAAAGCCUGGCGGAUUGCAGCGACAGCAAAGUAAUGAGACUUACUUCCAGCAGAAUCCACACCAGACAUCUCCCUCACCUGACCGAGCAUCCAACUCCUCAGGGUCUUCUGGUGGAAGUUCACACUAUGCUGUGCCAAAUGUGGCUUCCUCUCCCAGCCAGGCCAGCGUGAUCCAAAGUCUCAAUGCCAAAUUUGCUUCCCUGAAUCAGCAGUAUCAAGAUUCACAGUACCAGCAGGACUUUCCCAACAAUACGGCCACUUACAUUGGUGGCAAUAGCGGUGGAGGUGGUGGGGAUCCAGAAGCUGCUAGAAUGAUGCCUCCUCCGCCUGCUCCUUCCAGCACCCAGGCACAAACUACACAGGUUGCAGUACAAGGGCAUGGACUCCCAGGUGAAGGGUACUCACCUGGUCAAGGCCAUAACCAGCCCCAGCGUGGUGGACAGCAUGUACUUAGUCAUAGUUAUCAUCAAGGCUAUCCAGGGGAAGGCCGUGGCCACAUUCAGGGUUACUGGGCUCAAAGUAAUGAUCGUCCUGAUCACAGUCACCAUCAAGGUCACCAACCACUAGGUCAUAGCCCUUAUCAGAUUACUCCUGGUCAUGGUCAUCAAGGCCAUGGUCCUUUCCGUGGUCAUGCAGGUCAUGGUCAUGGUCAUGCUCACAGUCACCCCCAUGGGCACCCAGGAGGCGUCCAUGGACAGCAGCACAGUGAGGUUGAGGAUUUUCCUCUUCCUCCUACAGAAGAGGAGUUGGCAGAGAUGGAAGAGAUGUAUUCCAGACCAUCUCCAGUGAAUGCCAGGCCCACCAUACAAGCCAGCCUGAUGACGGAGCUCAAAAAACGGGUUUCUGUGGAAGAAGCUUCAGAUGUCUAGUGCUAUUUCAGGCAAUUUGAAGUGAAUCUUACCAAGAAUAAUUGGGUUCAGGCUGGCUUAGGAAGUUUUUUGCAUGCAGAAACAGGCAAAUGUGGGUGUCAAACAGCUUGAAAGUAUUUGCAAGUAGGCAUCCUUUUGAUAGUGCAUGUGGCUCACAAUAUCUUUUCAUUUAACUCUUGAGCUUAAAGAGAUCUAUCCAUGUCUCAGACAUGGUCUGGCCAGUCUGCCCUUUUCUUGCUUGCAAUAAUCAGAAUGAUCCCAGAAAGCUAUGUGCACAUGAGAGAGAAAGUUUGUACUUUGUGAAAAUCAUAGAUAAUUAUCUUUAAAAUGGAUGUUUACUGUCAUUUUUUUUAAUGUGUACCAUAAAACACUAUAUUUGCUUUUGAUAAACUGUAUUUGGAAAGCAAAUGAGCAAAAAUAUGCAAGAAAUAACAAACCACCAAACAAGAAUUUUGAGUAAAUUACAGAAUAAUGCUGUACUGCAAGUGUAAAAUGAUGUGGAGCUUCAGGUACUCUAAAUGUUUAAUUGUGAAAACUUGGAAUAUUUACAUGAACUGUAUUUGGAGUGAUAAUUUUAUCUACUGUAAUAAGAUUGUUUUCAAAAUUUUGCACACAUAAUUUUGUUUGCCUUCUUGUGUGGAUGUAGCCUCCUGGCCAUAAACACUUUAUUUCUUAAAAAUGUAUGUUAUGUGUGCAUCUUUUAAUUCAUAUUGAGUCUUACAUGUUCUAUUAAAUGUGACAAAGGAUUAAGGGGGUGGGGGAGAAUUUGUGUUGAAACAUGCACACACCUGACUUUCUGAAAGUAAAUUUACUUGCCCACCAAAGCAAUGCAUAUGCAUAUGUGCACAAACUACUGUGAAUAACCACUAAGUGUAGAGCAAUGUUUGUGUUGUGUGGUGAGAACAACAGUAAAUGAUGGGAUCACCUGAAUAUUACAAAACAGAGAUUAAACGGUCGAUGACAUGAACAAUAUGUUAUCCGUCCCCCUCACCUCUUGUAUCCCCGAAGGGUUUUACAUCUAGAGGAGUGGUGGCACUUGAUGUACACAUUAUGCAUGCUUCCUUGGGAGUGAAAGAGCAUGCAAACAGUGAAAGAUGAAUGGGCUCAUUUAGUGUCAUAUAUAUAUUGUAGGUUUCUCAUAAUUUGACAGGCUUCCAUAAGCACAGACAUUUUAAGGUGUAUGUGGGUUGUAUGCACGUACUGAUUUUGCACCACAAGACCUCAACUAAACCAGCGAAAAUGGCAUUUUGCAUCAUGUCAUGGUCUUGACUGAAAUAUUUCAUAUAUCCUUCCUUAUUGUAGAUGUAUGUCUGUUUCAGAAACAACUUUCACACUAGUCGGAGUGUGCUUUUUGUCAGCGUGUGCUGUCACAAGUUGCUAAUGCCAUUGGCUUCAUUUUAUGAUGUCUAGGAAUUGAAGUCUGUUGUCUGGUGGAUAUUUCAGUUGUGUUUCUUUAGUUUUGUUUGGGGAAAAGGGGGAGGUUGGGAAUAUGCUCAACACCAAUUCCAUUGGUAAUGAUAUGAUUACCUUUCUUCUGGCAAAAUGCAAUUACCUGCUGAUCUUAGAAGUGCCUGCCUGAAAUAUCAUUUUGGCUUUUGUAUCUUAACAAAUGAUGAUAAAACAUAGAUCAUUUACCAAAAAUGACUGUAUCACAUGCAGUUGCUGACUAAGUUGUGUGCUUUGAAUGUCCAUUAAAAAAAAAUGUACAUAUGUAUAGGACAGUUGUAAUAUAUGUCAUUUGAUUGCUUUGAUAUAUUUUAACGUACAUAGGUUAACUGCUAUUGUUAGGGUGGUGAUUAGCUGUGGUUUUAGUCCUUCAAACUAGGCUGUUUGAAUCAUUGUAAAACUACUCUUUCAUUUUUCUUGGAAUGAAUCUUUCCUCUUCUUUACAUUAGAACUUCCAUGCAUAGGGUGGAACAUGUAGUAGUUGAUUGAAAUUCCUGGGAAGAAAAGUUUGUGCUAAAAUCAGGAAAGUUGAAGGAAGAUUUGAUUCAUGAUACAAAGUUCUGAUUUCUCAUACCUUGGAUGUUAUAUUUUCUUCUGAUGGGUAAAAAUUAAAGUGGAUGUAAAACUGAUGGAAACAGUAUCAUCAUUGUGCUAACCCUGGGAAGGGUAGAAAGAUGCAGGUAAAAAUAACAGUUGCUAGUUUUCUAAUGACAUAUUUUCUGACUCCCCCAUGUAGUGAAGUGGAACAUUCAUGAUGUGAAAAAGUAAAGCUAAAAUUAUUACUUAAUGCUUACAUGGACAGGUUGAAUUUAUGUUAAAUGGCAGUUAUUUGUAAAACAGCUUAAAUCUGAUGGUCAGAAAGAAGAAAGAAUCUGGCAUAUUUAUGUCAAGUAAUGACUGAUAAAACUUGAAAGUCUGUCAAAUCUAUCCUGUAAGGCAACAGGAAAGCAAUGACUGAUUAUAUGUAUUACUUAAGGCAUUUUUAUUUACUUUUUGCUGGAGAAGUAAAUAGCAGUUAUUUGGUAGGCUGCAAAAGAUGACAGUGACUAGUGACUCAAUCGUAAUUGCUUGUCUUCCAUCUUGUGUUUUAAAAAUGUUUUAUUUUUCAGUAGCUUUUCAUAGUUUCAUACCUUUAUCCCCCAGGCAGCAUGAGAGAAAUGCAGUCACAUACAGUCAAGCUAAGCUCUACAAUUAUGUGCUUAGAACUUCAGAAAGACAACUGGAGCUCAUUUUUCCAAAUAUAUGCAUGUGAGGACAAGGGUACUGUGUUAAAAUCUUAAUAAAAGUAAGCCACUCAAGAGUAAUGUUAUCUUCUAAAAACAUGCAUAAAUUAAUAUAGCAUGUUAUCUUGUCAGUGUACAAAGUUUGUAUUAAGAACAACAAAGCACAUCAGCUGUGCGAAGUUGUGAACAACUGAAGGUUGAUAACCAAGCUGCCCAAAUAUCAGUCUUGCUUUGAGUUUAGAUUGUCUUCAGAAUUUCAGUGCACUUUUUCCUGCAUGCAAUAAUAGUCAUCAUGCAACCUUUGCAUGUUAAUGCAAUAGCAGUCAUAGCUACAGAGUCAGCCAUUCAGAAAGUUAAUAAGAUCUGCAGAUAAAUGAUUUUUAUUGAAGCAUAUAAAGCAUGAACCUUAGAAAGAUUUUAUCAUUUCUACCUGCAUUAUUUUAGACAUAGAUUUGUAAUAAGUUAUAAAGUUCUGAGAGAUUUUGGAGAACUAUUAUGCAGUGAAUAACUUUUUAACACUUUCUUUUAUAGGUACAGAACAUAAGUCAGCACUUUGUUUUAGCAAGUGCCUAGUGUAAAUAGAAAUUAUGAUUAAAAUAUCUUCCUGAUAUUAAAUGAUGUGUAAGUUACACAUUAUCUUAUGCCUUAUUUCAAGGAGUAAAUAUGACUUUAAUAAUAAUAAUAAUAAUUCUUAUAUUUAACCUGAUUCUACUAGAAACCAGGCACAAAACAUGCACACACACACAUGCAAUUAAGUUGAUCUGUGAAGAAUUUUUGAAAAUUUUUCUUUUUGCGUUUUUUUUUUUUUUUUUUUAAAGUUCCAUAUGUCUGUGUACAUGGUAUAUGCACUGGCAGGGAAAUCCUAUUCUCAAAUAUGGUUAGAGCUAAUUUUACCUCAUGAAUAUUCAGUCACUAUUUAGCCCCUGAAAAAAGAAUUUUUGAGGAAGAGUUAUGUAAUAAAGAUGUUAGAUUUUAAGAGUAUUAGCACAGGUAUGCUUUCAAUUUUUUUAAGAUUUUAAAAGAGCAGAAUGAAGGAACAAACUGGGAAAGUUUGAAAGACAGAUGAUAUUAAGUUUCUCUGGGAAAUGUUCUUCAGAAGAGAGGGCUUACAUAGUAGUUUCAGGCCCUUUUAUGAAGUUUCAAAGUUUUCUGUUUUUCUUUUGCAAUAGUUUUUGCCCUAGAUAAAUGUCAAGAUGCCAUUGUUAAGUUUAGAUGUGUGAGAGAAAUUAAUGUGUGUAACAAAAAUAGACUUCACAAGCUAAAGAAGUAAUUAUUUUUUUUGUAACUGUUGGUUUUGCAUUCAUCUUAAAAGUUAUUGCACUGAGAGAUGUAUAUUACCACAGUAAAUUGUGAUUUUAUUUCAUUGAUUGAAACACAAAAUUUAAUGUUUUUAUUUGACAUGCUGAUUUCACUAGUCAGGAGUUCGAAGUGCAUAUUUUCUAUACUAUUCCAGUAAUUUUGUCAGCACGUUGCUCUGCAUGUGUGUAUAGUUAGCCCACUGUGUGAUUGGUUCUGAACAUUUAGCCAACUUAUUCUCAAACAGUAAAAUAUUAAUCUGAUGUCUUUCAAUGCAUACACCUGUUGGUCUUUUUGCUUAAGCUGUUGUAUUUGGGCAUUUUCUAGGCACAAUAUUUAGUCCUUUGUCCUACAUGGUCAUGGUGGUGGAGGGGCCAAUAGAGACUCAGCAGCUGAUAGAGAUGUCUAUUGUGGUCUGUCCUCUGCUAGAUGCGGCAGGGUUAGGAUGUUUACAUGACUACAUUUUUCAAUGUUUUCAUACCAGUUUUUGCAUUGCCUGCCCCUUUAGCAGUAGCAUGAAUUUUAUUUGUUUACCACUUAACCCAUUUAUGAAUAAUUUGUUUUUACUUGGAUAGCCAACUCCAUCACAUCUAUUAACCCUUUUACAUCCAGUUUCCCAGAACCACUGAGCUUAAAUGGAAGUUUUUUGUUUUGUUUUGUUUUUUUCUGUGAUGAAACUGGCUGUUUCUUCACCUUUGACAUGCCAAGAUUUUAUUUUUGUUACUGCAAAGGAACAUUUGUCACCUGUUCUGCAGAAAUGAAUUCCACCAGUGUUUUUAGUUUGCAGCCGAAGAUGAGACCGUUAUUCCUAUUAACUAAACAUUAAUUUAUGAUUUGUGUGUCAGGUUGCUGUUUCCUAAUAUAGUUAUUGCUAUGACGCUGCUUUCUUUAUUCCUGUGUGUGUAGAUCUGCAGAUGAUUGCUGCAGCACGAGAUAAUAUCUUCAAAUUUAGUAUCCCUGUCACAAAACAUAGUACAGACAUAGUAGCAGACUGCUCAGUAAUGGCCAGUUUCAGAUUACACUGUGCCAAGAAUAUACCAUUUCUAAAAUCACUGUAAAUAUACUUUUGCAGAGAA